AUGCUCCUUGGAAUCUCCGCACUUCUUAUUUCCGCCACCUUCCUACUCUACAACCACCCACCGCGGACAUGGCUGCAGUUUUUCAGAGAAUGGAGCCAAAGGGGGCUCGCCGCACCUCCCAAAGCCGACAGCAAGCCAGAUGAUCCGAAGCCGAACCAAACCACCUCGGAAAUUCCACAGAAAACUCCGUCGCAGGCAGCCGCAGAAGAGCGGAAGCCUCCCGUGAGCAUACAGAUCCCGCACCUGGACGGACCGCCGUCCGAGGGCAGCGAGUCGGCGCAGACAACCCCCAAAGCCACGACCUUCCCGGCCGUCCCGACUUUCACAGUCGCCUCCUCUGACAAUGGCGACAACGACGACGAAGAUGACGAAGAAGACAACCUACCUCCUCCCUCCUUCCCCGCCAUGAACUCCGCACAGCGCGCCUCCUCCGGCCCCGCGCUCGUCCCUUCCGCCCCUAGGUCGCCGCCGAAGCUAAAGCCGCUGCCGACCCAGCAGCAGCCGUCCUCCGCCGCAGCGCUCAUGCCGCCCCCACCCGCGCCUCCGCGCCUGGCGCCCACACCACAACUACAACAGCAGCGCGCAGGCGGGCUGAUGCCGCCGCCGCGCAUGCCCGCAAGCUCUCUCCGCACCGGCCCGUCCGGCCCGCUGCCGAACAGAGGGCCGCCUGGCGGAGGUUCCUCUUCUUCGAACAGCCUGGGAUUGCCCAUGGCGGCGCCGGUCAAGACGCCCAACCCGCGCGCCAAGGUGUCGCUGACACCCGGUCACUCGCCGCUUGACUGGGCAGCGCUGGUCAAGUCGGGCGCGAACCUGUCGGGUGUCGGCUCGCUGCGCCGCGUCACGCCGUCGGAGCUGAAGAAGUACAAUGGCCGGAAGAACAGGCAGACGGGCGAGGUGACGCCUGCGUGGAGUGCGUACCAGGGGAAGGUGUACAAUAUUACGCCUUACCUGCCGUAUCAUCCUGGUGGCGAGGGAGAGCUAAGGAGGGCGGCAGGAAAGGAUGGGGAGAAGCUGUUCAACGAGGUGCAUCCAUGGGUGAAUUGGGAUAACAUGCUGAGCGAGUGUGUGGUGGGCAUUUUAGUGCCUGAGCAUAGUGCAGAGGAGCCUGCUGCGAGCAGUUUGGAUGAUAUGGAUUGA